AUGAGCAUACCCGUUCCCUUGUUUCAAGCGCCGUUCGAGAAGGGCCGUCGCCAAUAUUUAUGGGCCGCGAACCGCCACUUACACAACCUCACCCAACCGUCCCGCCAGCAGAAUGGUUCGCCCGAACACAGCCGUCCGAGCCAAGACCGCGAAAAGAUCGGCCGAUCAACGUCGUCCAGCCACAAGGCUAUUUCAUGCACCCUUCGGUCUGCAGCGUCGUCAGCUGGGGAGGCGAGGGGAGAGAUGCGUGAAACAUGGGACCCUUCUUGGGUGCAUCUUGGUCUUGCACCGAGAGCGUUUCAGAGAGCAAGGGAUCCCGCCAACCUGGGAUUCACUCGCCACUGCGCCGUUGACGGCUGGGGAGUAGCACUCGAGUCACCAAACAUCGAGUCUGCUGCGAACCUGGCGGAGGAGGAUGUCGGACCUCCAGGACCUUUGGCCGACGUUGACAAGGAGCCUAGCAGGCCUAGGUCAGAGAGAGCACUUGGCCAAAGAAAACGCCCGGGAGCUGUCGAGGUUGGAGCUCCUGCGACGCUAACUCCUUCAGGCUCGGGAAACUCGUGA